AUGGCUUCCCCUAACGACCAACGGACGAGCUUUGCGAGAGUCAAGGACAUCUUCUUGGCUCCGGUCCUCUCCUGCUGCGGUGCACGCAAGAAACCUGCGCAGCCCAUCGAGAUUCAUCCACCAAAAGAUUUCCGCCGGAUGGAAAUCAGAUUUGACGGGUUGACACCUGAGCAAGAAGCCUUUCUCCGCGAAAAAGCCUUCCUCGACACGCUCCCCCCCACGCCUCCCCUCCCGAUCCUCUCCCCCUCGCUCCCAGGCACCGCAACGCCACCCACACCCACCGCCACCACGACCAACCCAUUCUUCACACACAGCAACAUCUCGUGCUACUUUGACCAACAACCUCACCACAAGCAGCACCCCGACCGUACCCAUCACGCCUCCACAACCCACAGAAACAACACCUACACCUCCUGCUCCGCACCCCACCUCUCCACCAACACCACCACCACCACCCCACCAACCAGCGGAACACCCAACCACAACAACUACCCCCCCUACUCCGUCCCGCACCUCCCCACCGCCGCCACAUCCACAUCCACAUCCUCCACCAUCUCCCCCCUCCCCAGCGCCGUCAUCGCCGCCGCCGCCCAUGCCGCCGCUUCCACCACCACAACCACCACCACCAGCAGCAGCCCUUCGAAGCGCCAAUCCCGCCGCUUCUCCGCCAUCAACAUCCUCCGCGGCAGCUGGAACAACUCGCACCCGGUCUCGCCCGAGGAGGCCGCCAUGACGUCGGAGAGCAGGGGCAGCAGCUGCCACCACCUGACGACGACGACAAACACGUCGUCGUCGAGGACGUCGUCGACGAUGCCUUCGCCGUUGCAUCAGCAUCAGCAGCAGCAUCAGCAGCAGCAGCGGAGGGUGAGGAAGUUGAGGCGGUUGUCGGGGGCGGGGGCGGGGGCGGGGGCGUGGGCGGGCGGGUUGGGGGGUGCUGCUGCUGUGGGCGCGGUGUCGGAGGUGGAUAUGGAGGAGAGGAGGAGGGGGAAGUGGGGGUUUGUGGGGCAGGGGUUGGAGUGGGAGAGGGGGGGUGGGAUGGAUCAUGGAGGAGGAGGAGACGGUGGUGGUGGUGGGUUUUAUAAAGGGGGGUCGGAGAGGCGGGGGGCUGUGAGUGGCGAAGGUGGGAGGGGGCCGGGAGGUGGUGGUGGGCUACAUGAAGCGAAGAGCUUGGAGAGCUUGGGGAGGGAUUCGGAAGUCACGUUGGGUGGGUCGGGGUGUGGUUGUGGGGCUAAAGAGUGA